AUGAUGAAAAUUGUGUUGAGUUUGUUAUUAUUUAGUCUUUGUAAUCAUUUGGGACAAUGUGCCCAACCAUAUUUCCCAUCUCAAAUUGUAUUUUCACCUGAUGAUGGUAAAACAACAAUUGCAAUUGAUGAAAUAAAUCAACGAGCUUAUUUAACAUAUCCUGUGAAUGCUCUAAUGAAAGUCAGUGCUUACGUUAUGCAAAACUUUCCAUAUGCAGUUCCUGAUUCGCCACAAUCAAAACAUUAUGUUUUCUUAGCUACAACUUCUCUAAUAAAUUUUUGUUCCUAUGAAACAUAUUGGAAAUAUGGUGCAUAUAGACUCAAUCAAUUUCCAUUACAUUGGGGUAAUGAUAGUUCAUAUAAAAUACGAAAUUAUGAAAUAUGUUCAACAAGUACUGGAAAUACAUAUCGAUGUCAAGAAAUUUAUUUUAAGAAAAAUACUGAUAUUCCACUUCGAUUAGCUGAAGUUCAGCAUUCACCAUUCUCAGCUAAUCGUGUCAUAACAAAUUUUACAAUUAUAUCUAUAGGAAAACCGGAUGACGAAUAUUUUGACUCAAUACCAAAAGAGUGGUAUGUUGCUUGUCGAGAUGUUGAUCUCGGAGUUUUAUACGAUCCGACAUUAAUAAGACUAAGUGUACAACAAAGUGCAAAAGUUCAAGUUUGGCUUUCGGCUCCUCCACAUGAAAUUAAUGGAAAUGAUACUGUUACUAUUCAAUGGAAAACAUCUCAAUGCACUGAUUGUUUUGCAUGGACACCAAAACAACUUUCUUUUAAUAGUAAAAAUUUUCAAGAAAAACAAACAUUAACAAUCACUCGUCUUAGAAUUACAGAACAAUCAAUUUUUAUUCCCAUUUUGAAUGGUGGCGCGUUCGAUUUGAUUGAAGCACAGACUUAUUCCUUAUCUAUUCGAUAA